GCGGAACACCGGUACCAGACUGAGCUUGGCUUCUAUUCUUGCUGAGAAUGCAUAUGAAAGUAAUGGUCAAACAAGAGAGCCCGCGGAUAUGUGUCAGUGGAUUUGCUUCAAACAACAAAAUGGCUGCCAAGUCGUGUUGCUCGUGCAAGAUUGGACCUUCUAUUUUGAACGCCGACCUUUCGUGCUUAACAGAUGAAUGUAACAGGCUGUUAGAAUGUGGGGCCGAUUACCUACACCUGGACGUAAUGGAUGGUCAUUUUGUACCAAACUUGACAUUUGGUGCUCCCUUAGUGAAAUGCUUGAGAAAGAAAGUUCCUGAUGCUUUUUUCGAUAUGCACAUGAUGGUUGCAAAUCCAGAGAAGUGGGUGGAUGACAUGGCAGAUGCUGGGGCUGACCAGUACACCUUUCACUUGGAAGCAACAGAAAAGCCAGUGGACUUAAUAAAUCAAAUUAAGAAGGCUGGAAUGAAGGUUGGUGUUGGCAUAAAGCCUAACACACCAGUUGAAGCUGUCCUGCCAUUUGUGGAACUGGUGGAUAUGGUUCUUGUUAUGACAGUGGAGCCUGGAUUUGGUGGACAAAAGUUUAUGGCAGACAUGAUGCCGAAGGUCAAACACCUAAGAACCAAAUAUAGGGUUUUAGACAUUGAAGUUGAUGGUGGAGUAGGAAUUCCUACAAUUGAAGCAGCUGCUCAGGCAGGGGCCAACAUGAUCGUAUCUGGCAGUGCCAUCAUCAAAAGUGACAAACCAAAGGAGGUGAUUGAUGCCUUGAGAGCAACCACAGAAAAAUGGAUAAAGAUUAACAGUGAAACAAGUCAAUGAAUCACUUAGUUUGUCAGUGACAGCUACAGGGAAAUUUUCAGCUUUGAAUUUUGCUAAGAAAGACCAAUGGUCAUAUAUUUAAUUGGAAUAUUUUUUAUUGUUUAUAUUAAGCUGCGAGAACAUUUCAUAUGAAAAUAGAUAAAUUGCCAAGCCUUACUGUACGUGAAAUUUGUUUAUAUCCAGGUGAAUAUAUCUUGUUUUUCAGCGCACUACAGUUUGUACAUUUACACGUAGCUGUGUCAGGGUUACACUUAUCCUUCAUAAUCAUUCACCAACAUUCCUACAAAUUGCACUCCAAUGUCUAGUGUCACAUAUUUAUCUGUUUUAAGUACUCCACCCAUUUCACCUCAUACAAAAGAUUUAAAAUGGAAACUUGUACACCGUUAGGUAAAAUAUAAAAAUUGUAAACCCUCUUAAGAAAAAAAAAUCUGAUGGUGCUCAAAUGAACAAUUUAACCUUUAACUCCCAUGAGUGACCAAGACAGAAUUUAUCCAGACAGUAUCAGUACAAUGUCAAGCAGACAAGUGAGGAGAAUAAAGAAGAACAUUAAUCAGCCAAUUAAUACAAAUUAUGUAAAUUUUCUAAUGACAAAUUGUUCAAACUAACAUAAGAAUUGUAUGGCAGACAGUAAGGAGGGGGGCUUUGGGAUAUUUUUGGUUUUGACUGUUUUUUGGAUCGGGUUUUGAGUUUUGAUUUUCACG